AUGGAUUUGAUCGAGCCGUCGCGGCGCAAGGCACUGUAUAUGAGCCGCGUCGCGGAUUUGCGCCACAAGGCGCGCGAAGCGCUGCAGAUGCAUUCCUCCUCGCCGAAUGUGCCAGACUCGCUGCAGAUGCACUGCUUUGCGACGAGUAUUUGGGAUGCAUCUCUGUUUAGGGCUUGGUCCAGCAUCAUUCAUACCCUCGUGCCCGACGCAGAGCAGAUCGAGAAACAUCUUGCGCACCUCGCGAGUAUAUGCUCCGCGUCCGAGAUUGUUCUGUUUGAACGUGCCACAUUCCUGGCCCUUUCCUACUACACGAAUCUGGACCCGGAGGCAAAGCAGCCUUUGGAUGCACCCAUGGUCAGCGACGAGGUGAAUCGUGACCAGGACAAGGACUCGGAUAAGGUGCUGCUAGAGGGCCUCUCUGACUCAAUGCUGCUUGCACACAAUUCGCUGCGGCAGAGCACGGGUGCCUUUGCGAGCGAUCGGUUCGAGCGGAUCAGCGAGUUGGUCAAGCAUUUCAAAAUUGCGUGCAUGGAUGCGAAUCAGCAAAUGCAGGCGCUGGAGAUUAGCACGCCAGAGUUCGGCGCGUACUUGGACGUACUCACUUCCUCGACUUAUAUCCUUGUCGUCGUCACAACACCGGCCAUUGAAAUGCCUGCGGUCAAGCGCAAUGUCGAGCUGAGCCCGCGUGCCGAGCGACUCGAGGAAGCGGGGAUCGACCGCAAGCAGGCAGAUGUCCUAGUGACUGCGCUUACAGGUGUGAUCAAUGAGAGCAUUGAUAACUUUGCGCGGGGUCUCGUACGCCGCGAUGAGGCAGAGCGCCUUUCGUAUACACAAAAAGUUGAUUUCGCGAAACUCAAGUCGGAGAUCCAGCUGCUAGAGCGCAGUGACUUUGUGAUGAUGAAAUCGGAGAAUGAGCGGCUGAUGGCAGACGUAGAGAAGCUGAAACAGCGCUUGCGGGAAGAAAUUACCCGGACUACAGCCGGCGUGCGACUGGACCUGAACUUGGAAAAGGGCCGCAUCCGCGACGAGUCUGCAGUACAUGCGCUCAAGAUUAAGGAAGUCGAUACUCGCAUCGAGUCGGAGAUCGCAGGCAUACGCACCAGCAUCCAAAGUGCGAAAUUCAACGUCCUCCAGUACCUUGUCGGUGUCGCUACUGGUGCCGGUGCACUGCUCCUCGCAUACCUGCGCAUGUUCCGGCGCACGCAGUAUCAAUCUAGCGGCUUCACUUUCGAUGACCUCACGCCCACGCCAAUGACCUUGUUUUCCAAGUGGUAUGCCGAGGCGGUUGACGCUGGGGUGCUAGAACCAGAGGCCAUGACAUUAUGCACCACCGCGCUGCCCAACGCACUUCCGCCCGCAUUGACAAAUACGCAAGUGGACAAAUCUGGAUGGCGUGUAGAUGCACCGAGGCCCAGUGCACGCAUGGUGCUUUUGAAACACGCCGGCAAUGAUGGAUUCCAAUUUUUUACGAACUACUUAUCGCGCAAAGGCAACGAGCUCGAGGCGAAUCCGUGGUGCUCGCUGACAUUUUACUGGCCGCAAGUGUUCCGUAGUGUGCGUGUGCUGGGCCGUGUAGAGCGCUUGUCGGAGCAAGCUUCGCAGUCCUACUACGACGCUCGGCCGCUGGGAAGCAAGAUCGGCGCCUGGGCGAGCCCUCAAAGCGAGCCUAUCGUCUCGCGCGAGGAAUUGACCGAGCGCGUUAAAAAUACCGAGGCCAAGUUCGGCGUGCAGAGCACAGACGACGCUUCCAAGCAUAUACCCCUGCCUCCGUUCUGGGGUGGCUACCGCGUCGUUCCCGACGAAGUUGAGUUCUGGGCAGGGCGCAUGAAUCGCCUGCACGAUCGAUUCCGGUACGUGCGCGAUCCAAACACCCAGUCUCCUCUCGACGACGCAUCGACGUGGACAAUCGAAGCGCUUGGCCCGUAA